AUGGAUUUUGAUAUAAUAAAGGCUAUUCUAAGUAAAAAGGAGGAUUUUCUAAGACGUCACCUGGUGUUAUCCACGUCUGUUAUUGAAAAACUGAAACAAAUGGACGUCAUCGGCAAAUAUACAAGAGACCAAAUGAUGGACAGCAAGGCAGACGUUGAGAAACAGAUGACACUCCUGUCUGUGUGUCUCCGUACACGGGGUCUUCCGGCGUUCCAGGGUUUUCUCAACGUUUUGCGCAUGACAUUUCAUGGUUGGAUUGCAGACGACAUUUUAGAUACAAGUAUAGACAUUAACAACUCUUCUUCAGCGGUUGGGAAUACUUUGGCCGUACGAGACAUAUUAAAUCAAAUGCACCAGAACAAAGUUCAAAGCGAACUAUUCAGGUAUAAACCUGUUUAUCUGGCAGAAUCAGAGUACCCGUAUGUUCCAUAUAUUCCGAAAGGACAUACCAGUAGUUACCAUAAUGAAACGAACGAACGACAAUCAAAAAUUGUCCCAGACGGCAGACGACAAAUACGUUCCGAGCAUCAAAGCAGACGACAUGAAUAUGUCCCAGCAGGCAGGCAUGAAAGAAAAGAAUCAAACGAAAUCUCGCUGAUGGAACAAAUACCCGAGAAUCUACGAGAUCUUGAAACAGCUUUUGAUACCGAAUCAACAUCAACACGAAAGUCAAUAUCCGUAUUGAAACAAGAAGAAAUAACAAUUAAAGCACUCUUACAAAAUAACUUAAGAGAGCAGCAAGAUUUGCUUACUCGACAACAAGCUUUGCAAGAAAUCAAAGAGAAAAUGAAAGAGUUGAACAGAACGGCGGCUCAUCUGUAUAAACCGGAACCGGAUGUUGACCUCACGAAGAAAAGACUGCAGCAUUUGCAACGAGUCCCUUGGUCAGAUAAAGAUUAA